GGCAAAGAUGAUGUUACUGGUUGUCGUCCUUAUUGCAUGCGUCUCUUUUAGCGAUGCUGACAGUACAUCCCGAGAAAUGCUGUCCAGGUGUGGAGAGGAUUCGGUUCUGAAAUGCGAAGCUACACCAAAACCAGGAGUUCUGUACAGGGCUGUGAUGUGGUACCGGGUCAGUGAGGAGUCGCCGUAUAAGCGAGGAGUGCUGAGUAAGAGACUGACGAACAACAGCAUUGUCCGGAUAUACAGUGGCUUUGAGCGUCCCGCAGAACUGCUGUCGGACGACUCGCUGGACCUCCUCCUUCCCAAUGUGACAGCUCAGGAUGCCGGGAAGUACUUAUGCCAUCUCGCAGCACCCGUUGGAGAGAAGAACGUAGACGGACAUGUUCGCCUCACAGUUUCCGGGUGUACAGAAGAAGCGCUGUACAAGGAUGUGGUAUUUGACAUGAUCGUUUGCAUGGCACUGGUGUUGGCUCUUGCGGCAUGUUUCCUAUGCUGGAGGUACAUGAGAGAUAUAUCGAUCUUGAGAAGCAAAAUAAAGGGACCUCUGGAGCAGAUUGUGAAAACUCCUCUUCAGAAGAAAAACCUAAAAUUAAUUUACACCCCUGGAUCAAAUGGACUGGGGCCCUGUUCCUAUCACCAUGUGUGCGUGUGACUUUAGAAGCCCUUCAGUGGUGAGAAGCCAACGUGCAUGAUGAAGAUAAGGGAAGGAGCAGACCACAGCCUGACAAAGCAGCGGUAAACGUGCAUGCCCUUCAGACAAGUUGCAGGGGUGCUCUGUGCUCGAGUGCCCAUGGUGAAUCAACCAUAGCACCAACUGUCAGUCAAUGCAGUAGUUUUUCUUCUAAUAUCACUGUUUUGGCUAAACUCUCACCUGGAACCUGUGUUGAGAGUAAAUGUAACAAAAGCAAAUGCCAAUGCUACUGAAAGAGAAGGAUAAAAUUUUGCACUUUGACUGUAUCAGCCCCUAGUGGUGUGAAGGUCAAAUGCAUUGGUGUGUUGUUUGGUUUGAAUAUCCAUAGGCUGUUAUAAAGGAAAAAAAAACAAACAAAAAAAAACUACCUCAACUAAGGAUCCACCGUCUUUGAAAUACUCUCAAUUUAUUUUUGAGCUAUUUAAUAAAAAGUUCUCAUGAGCAGAAAUGCAAAUCACAAAGCUAUAGCUGCACGACUACAUGUUUCCUGAUGAGGACAAAAAUUGUGAGCCUGCUAGUUCCAUCUUAGCAUCACUUCACUUGGUUCCUUGCAUAUGGGACCAAUUUAAAGGUUAUGAUACUAACUUUUAAAGCCUUACAUGGAAUUGCACCUAGCUACCUCAAGGACCUGCUUCUCCAUUUGUUAUCCCCCACAACCACUUUACUCAUGGAAUGCAGGUUACCUCAUUGUCCUCAGAAUAUCAAAACCAAAAUCUGGAGAUAGAUCUGUCUCGCACAGAAUAUGCCUACGGCGGAACAGCUUGCAAGGGACUCUGACAUUAUCCCAAUUUUUAAAUCCCAGUUUAAACAAACUGCACCUUUUGAGAAUCACGUAGUCCUA